AUGCGCAUCACUCUCCAACCAUCACCAUCACCACCACCACCAAACCCCUCCUCCCAAUCCCUCAUACGCUUCGAUCCACAGGGCACAUUCACCCACACAACCUUCACCUCCACCGCCUCCUCCUCCCUCCUAGCCACCAGGCGCCAGACCAUCUUCCGCACCACCCUCCUCGCCCAGCUGGACCUCCUCAAGACCACAGGCCGCUACGACUGCUUCGAGCUGAAAUGGAAACCCAUCUACGACGACCACAGGUUCUGGCCCGUCCCGCCACACCUGUUCUGGGACAGCGACCUGGGCAAGUGGAUGGAGGGGGCCAUUUAUUUCCUGCGCGAGCAGUAUGACCGUGACCUGGACGAGGCGGUGCGGUAUCUCGUGAGGACGAUGCGGUCGGCGCAGCAGGAGGAUGGGUAUCUGAACCUGCAUUACAUCGUAGUGGAGCCUGGGAAGCGGUGGACAAAUCUUCGGGAUAUGCAUGAGAUGUACAACGCCGGCCACCUCCUCGAGGCAGCCAUAGCCCACCAUGACCACUACAAGACCAACGAGUUCCUCAACGUCAUGACGAGAUAUGUCCACCUCAUGCACGCCCACUUUGGACCCGGACAGGACCAGAGGAGAGGGUACCCGGGCCAUCCAGAGCUGGAACUCGCCCUGCUGCGCCUGUACAGGACGACGGGCGACGUCAAGGCCUACGAGCUCGCACGCUUCUUCCUCACGGAGCGAGGGAAGCCGGGCAGCCAGCAGAACGAGGCUCAGCAGCAGCAGCAACACUAUUACGACUGGGAGGCAGACCAGCGAGGCGAAGAGGCCCACAAACGACCCAACUCGUACCCCAUGGCCCGCGACUACUGGUACUGCCAAGCCCACGUGCCCAUCCCCGAGCAGCAAUCCAUCGAAGGUCACGCCGUCCGGGCAACCUACCUCCUCACAGCCACUGCAGACCUCUUGGCCCUGGCCCAGCAGCAGCAGCAACAGCAGCAGCAGCACCCUCCUCACAACCUCUCCCUCCCCGACCCAGCCAGCUGGGAAUCCGCCCUCCACCGCCUCUGGAACAACAUGAUCCAGCGCAAGAUGUACCCCACCGGCGGCAUCGGCGCAGCCGCCCAGUGGGAAGGAUUCGGCAUCGACUACUUCCUCCCGCAGAGCCCAGACGAGGGCGGCUGCUACGCCGAGACCUGCGCCUCCGUCGGCGCCAUCAUGCUCGCCGAGCGCCUGCUGCACCUGAACGGCCCGGCGUCGCCCGACGCACACAUCGCCGACGUCAUGGAGCUGUGUCUGUACAACACCGUGCUGGGGUCCGUGUCGCUGGACGGGCGCGGGUUCACGUACGAGAACUACCUGGCCAGCUGCGAGGGGCAUCUGUGUCGCCGCGAGGGGUGGUUCGAGUGUAGCUGUUGUCCUCCUAAUGUGAGUCGGUUGUUUGGGAGCUUGGGCGGGUAUCUUUGGCAUUUUGAAGAAGAGAAGAAGGGGGUUUUCAUCAACGUGCACUUGUACACGUCUGCAAAACUAGAGUUCAUCCCUUCCUCCUCUUCUUCCUCCUCCUCGUCUUCCUCCCCAGUCCAGCUCGAACAAAAGACCAACUGGCCCUGGGAAAACAACAUAAUGUUCACCCUCCACCCCCCAGCCCAAGAACCCCCACCCAUCACCAUCCGCCUGCGCAUCCCCUCCUGGUCCCAAGGAAGAUACCUCCUCACCCCGUCCCCUUCCCCCGCCGAACCCGCCACCCUCUCCGAAAGGGGCUACCUGGUCCUCUCCCCCGCCUACCUCCGAGCCAACCCUUCCUUCUCCCUCCUCCUGGGCGGCUUCGAGCCUCGCUUCGUCAGACCCCACCCGCGCAACACCUCCUGCCAGCGCACCCUGGCGCUGGCGAGGGGCCCGCUGGUCUACUGUGUCGAGGACGUGGAUAAUCCCUGGGAGGAGAACCACUUCAAGGAUAUCGUGGUGGAUGACAAGGCGGCUGUUUGGGUCGAGGGGUGGAAGAAAGAGUGUUUGGGGGACGAGUAUGUUGCGCUCAGGGCCAAAGGAUGGACGAGGAGGGUGGAGGGGUGGGACGUGAUGGGGUCGGCGCCGAGCGAGGAGGAGAGAGGCGAGGAGAGGGAGCUUGUGUUUGUGCCGUAUUAUCUGCGGGCGAAUCGGGGUGGGAAGGGCCACAUGAGGGUUGGGUUACUGAGGCCGUGAAGUACUAUUUGUUAUGAUGGAUCUUUUACCAAAUUAACCAGCUC